AUGAGCACCGCGCGUGCGUCCGUUUUCACUCCGACCGCGCGAAUCGCGCGCGCAUCGCGCGCGCACCGCGCGCGCGUCGCCAAACCGUUCGCCGCGACGGCGGAGGCGCCCGCGAACGCGGCGCUUCGGCAGUUCCCGGACGCGCCCGCGAAGAUCAUCGAGCACGACGACGUCCUCGGGUGGGCGCAGCUCGAGUCGAAGCUCAUCGCCGCGUGCGCGACGAACGUCGGGGACUCGAGCGUGAACGCGAGGUUCCAGGCGGCGGCGCUGCUGGGGGCGACGACGACGUACGACGCGGUGAACGAACUGAGCGUGGUGGAAGUGUACACGCAAGUGUACGAAGGCGAUCUCACGACGUGCAGCACGAUCAUUGAUGUGCACUUGCGCAUCUUGUGCGAGAGCAUGAUCGACGGGGACUGGGAACGAAUCGGGAACUGCUACAAGAAGUUUCACGAUUUGCCGCCGCAGUUGAAGCGGCAGAGCUUGUUGGCGACGUCCGCUGUCGCGGAAGCCGCGCUGUUAUUCACGAAGGAGGAGUACGAAUACAUGGUUUCGUUCUUGCAAGACAUGUACGAGUCGCCGGACGCGACGGAGGAGCUCAAGGCGGAGUAUGAGGUGAACUUAGAGAUGGUGACAGCCAUCGACCGCUUCAUCGACGAAAUGCAAAAGAACAAAGACGAGAGAGAUCGCUCUUAG